AUGUCUGGCACGGACGGCGAUCCGUCGAGCUCCACGCGGAUUCAAGGGUUUUCUCUCGCGGCCAUCGGAGUCACAUCCUUUGGCGGGGAGGGUUUCCAAUUGGGCCAGCUCUCCCCUAGUGCUGACCCUGUGACCCAUGAAGAGGGCAUUGCGGCGCGGCGGGCUUCGGAGGAGCAGCGAUGGCAGAAGGCAAUGGACGACCUGCGUGCUUUUGAGCAGCAGUCGCCUGAGGAACGUCGCGACCCGACUUGGGUGCCGGGUAAUGCGGAUGCUGGCGCUGCGAGUGACGGUGAUAGCGGUGGCGAGGUACCGGAUAAGACUAAGUGGCCGUGGGAGCACGCUGCCACAUGGCCUGACGUUCCGGCAGCCGAGACGGGGGCCGGGCCGAGUGGGUUGACCGGAGGAGCCGUCGUUGGGGGGGGUAGGCAGGGUACCAUCGAUCAGUAUGUCACGACUCGGGUUGGAGAGCGGCAGCUGCGCGAGGCCUUGGUGAUGCUGUUCACCAGCCUUGACAUGUCGUUCCGUUCGGUCGACAGGCCCGCGUUUCAUGACUUCGUGGCCCUGCUUAACCCGGACGCGGCGCAGCAUCUCGGCACACGUUUCCGCCUUGCGCGGGAUAUGCUGUCUGCAGCCGAGACGGCUAAGGCUCAGCUUCGACAGCUGUUGACAGGCGACGGUCUGGCGGGGCGGGUGACACUCACCACUGACAUAUGGACCAGUGAGAACAACGUCGUUUUCAUGGUGGUGACUGCUCACCGAGUCACCUCGGACUUCCAGCUGCAGCAGAUGGUGAUCGACUUCAGGCCGCUGGAGGGCCGCCACACGGGGGAUAAGAUAGCGACCGAGCUGAAGGAGGUCAUAGGGGAGUGGGCAUUGGGUGGUGGUGAGUUUUUCGGCGUGACGACGGACAACGCCGAGAACAACAACCGGGCGGUUCGUUUGUUGGCCGGCGUCCCUGACGACACACUGGGGUCACGUCCGCGUGACCCCGCCGUCAUGUCCCUGUCUCGGCACUUCAAGUGCGUGGCCCACAUCUUGAACCUUGCAGCGCAGUACGCACUCAAGGUUGAGUCGGUGGCCGAGGCGCUCUGGAGGUUGCGAGCUGUGGCUAGCUACAUCGGGUGGUCGGUGCAGCAGUCGGAGCGCUUUUUUGACAUCCAGAAGCAGUAUGCUGCGACCCUUGCGGCGACCCAGGCAGGGGAGGGGGCGGAAGAGGGGGGGGAGAGGCAGGCAGAGGGGGGCACUGCAGAGGGGGGAGCGACGCAGGCAAAGGGGGGCAGCAGUGCGCGCAAGAGACCUACCGACUUGCGCCUGAUCGUUGACUCGGACACGCGCUGGGGUUCCACGCUGGAGAUGGUGGUGAGGGGGUGUGAGCUGUCCAUUCCGCUCACGAUGUACUUCGAUGAGUCCUCUAUCGUAAACGUCUCGCAGCUGUGCAAGGACCUCUCGGGCCAGGCCUUGAGCAAGCUGGAGCGCCACAUGGGCCGGGUGAGCGAGGAGUGUGCGAUUGCCACCUUCCUCGAUCCUCGGCUCAAGACGGCAACCUUCAGGCUCGGGGCCCGAGGGGCGAGGACUAGUGCGCCCAUUGUGGUAGAGGCGGGGGGGCAUGCCAGGGGUGCCAGGACACUCGACCUGAGUGAGGAGAGGGUGAAGGUGCUCGUACGCGAGCGCCUUCCAACCUACCAGACAGCUGCCCGUGCAGCGGCAGAGGCACGCCUUGGGGGGGAGGUUACAAGCACUAGGGGAGUGACGGGGGAGGGCGUAGCGAGGAGCAGGGCUGCAGGGCGCAGGGGGGCCAGGUUGCGUGGCGUGCUGGACUUUCAGGCUAGGCUGUUCGUAGAGUUGGCAGAGAUGGAGGCAGAGGAGGGGGUGCAGGCACAGGACGAGGUGGACCAGUAUUUAGCUGAGGCGAGGCAGGAGGGUGGGUGCGUCUUAGCGUACUGGCGCGGGAGGGAGCUGCAGCUGCCCGGGCUUAGGGCCAUGGCUCGCAAUUAUUUGGGUAUCCCCGCCACGUCUGCAGUGAGUGAGAGAGCCUUCAGUCAGAGCAGGAACAUCAUCUAG